AUGAUACGCUCUGGUCCUCUCAGCACAUGCAGGGUUGCAUUAGAGCAGACUUGCUCUGAGCUCCUACGUACUUGUGCCCAAUCCUCCAACUUACCCAAUGGCCGAGCCAUUCACGCUAAACUCAUCAAAGGAUCUUUACCCUUCUCGCCGUUCCUUCACAACCACCUCCUCAACAUGUAUGUCAAAUGUGGGCGUCCCAACAGUGCCCUCCAACUGUUCGACGAAAUGCCCGAGAGAAAUGUGGUGUCUUGGUCUGCGCUCAUCAAAGGGUUUGUGCAACACGGCCUCCCCAAUGAAGCCCUGUCUUUGUUUGGCCGUAUGCACCGGGAUGCAGGCACCAAACCCAAUGAGUUCACACUGGUCAGCUCUCUCCAGGCUUGCUCAUUGUGUGCGGGGAGUCUGACUCGAGCUUACCAGGUUUACGCAUUCGUUGUUCGUCUCGGGUUUGAGUGGAAUGUGUACCUCACUAAUGCAAUGCUGACUGUUUUGGUAAGACAUGGUGAACUGACAGAGGCUCUGCAAGUGUUUGAGAAGUGUCCUAAUAGAGAUAUAGUGUCUUGGAAUGCCAUCAUGGCUGGUUACGUGGAGUAUGCUUAUUCUGAAGUGGCUACAUUCUGGUGGAGAAUGAAUUGCGAGGGAGUGACGCCCGACAGCUACACGUUUUCUAGUGUGCUCACCGGGUUGGCUGCUGUUGCGGAUCUUAAAAUGGGUGUGCAGGUUCAUGCACAGCUAGUGAGGUAUGGCUAUGGGGCGGAGAUGUGCGUGGGGAACUCCCUGGCUGAUAUGUAUAUUAAAAAUCAUCAGUUGGGGGAUGGUUUUAAAGCUUUUCAUGAGAUGCCUAUAAAAGAUGUGUGCUCAUGGACUGAAAUGGCUGCUGGCUGCUUGCAAUGUGGGUUACCAAGCAAAGCGCUCAAGGUUAUUGCUGAAAUGAGGAAAGUGGGGAUACAGCCAAACAAGUUCACACUAGUAACUGCCCUGAACGCGUGUGCCAACCUGGCUUCAUUGGAGGAAGGGAAGAAAUUCCAUGGGUUGAGAAUUAAACUUGAAACUUGUACGGAUGUGGACGUCUGCGUAGACAAUGCUCUAUUGGACAUGUAUGCAAAAUGUGGAUGCGUGGAUGGUGCACAGUGUGUUUUUGAGACGAUGAAGGAUCGUUCUGUAGUCUCAUGGACCACAAUGAUAAUAGGGUGCGCACAAAAUGGGAAAUGUAGAGAAGCUCUUGAGAUUUUUAAUAAGAUGAGGCUGCAGGUAGGCAUUGAGCCCAAUUACAUUACCUUUAUUUGCGUGCUUUAUGCAUGUAGCCAAGGUGGGUUUAUUGAUGAGGGAUGGCAGCACUUUGCCUCCAUGACUCAAAAUUAUGGAAUCACACCAGGGGAAGACCAUUAUGCAUGCAUGGUUGAUAUCCUGGGCCGAGCUGGACGUAUAAAGGAAGCUGAAGAAUUUAUCAAGAACAUGCCUUGCAAACCAGGUGUGUUGGUUUGGCAGACUUUGCUUGGUGCUUGUCAGCAACUUGGGGAUACAGAAACAGGAAAGCGUGCAGCAGAGCAUGCAUUAGAUAUGAACAGAACAGAUCCAUCAACAUAUAUAUUGCUGUCAAACAUUUUUGCUGGUUUGAGCAGUUGGGACAGUGUUGGGUUGCUGAGGAAACUAAUGGACUCUAGGGAUGUAAAGAAAUUGCCUGGAUCCAGUUGGAUUGAACAUUGAAGUAGAAGAAAGAUAGGUCACUGCCUUUAGCAAGCACUCAAACAAGAAUAGCUUUGAAGAACAGCUUUCAAGCAUGCAGACCGUCCCAUUUCUUCUAGACUGGAGAGAAGAUAUACCAGCUUCUUUAAGCAAAUGGAUUGGUGUAGUCUUGUGAUUGGUUUUCGGGGAAGAGUUGAAGUAGAGCUAGAGUGAGGAUGGAGAAGACUACAAAGAAGCCAUAGAGUUGAGGGCUUUGGCGGCUGCUGGGCUAGGCUUUACUUGGAGUAGUGAUAGUGGAUGGGACUAAUGGACAACUGGUGGUUCUAACACAGACUAGUAAGAGGGACAUUGCCUGUGGGGAAGUUGUCAUUGAUGGAGUCCUGAGGAUAUUCAUUCCAGAAACUGUGAGUCCACUUCAAAUCUGAUAUUCUCGAAUUUAAUCAGGUGAGCUCUUUAGUCUUUAUUUAUUUAUGUCGCAUUGCUUUGUCAGGAGAGUUUCAUCCAUUGUAUGAUCUGAAUUUCAUUGUAUGCU